GAGGGGAGGGGUUUCCGCUUCCGGCGGCGGAUUGUUGACGCCCGCCGCUGCUGUGGUGGCUACCGAGCGGUUGCGGAGGGGCUGCCGAGGGAGGGCGACGGCGCAGUGACAGGCAGCGCGGAGGGUGCCUCCGAGGAGACGAUGGCAGAGGGGCCCGAGGAAGCCCGGAGCCGCCCUCCCGGACAGGACGGCGGCGGCGGCGGGGACCACGAGCCAGUCCCUUCCGGGCCUGGCUCUCCCGCCGCGCCGGGCCCCCGGCCCCCGGCCCUCGCGACCGUCGCCCCGGCCGCCUCGGAACCGGAGCCGCCGCCGCCGCCGCCGCCUGAGCUCCGGAAGCGCCGGGAGGGGACCGCGGGGCCGCAGGAGCCGGGGGGCUGCGAGGCGUCGGACGGGCCGGGGCGUCUGAGCGCGCGCGAAUACUCGCGGCAGGUGCACGAAUGGCUCUGGCAGUCCUACUGCGGCUACCUCACCUGGCACAGCGGCCUGGCCGCCCUCCCCGCCUACUGCGGCCCUCCGCCCGCCGCCCCGCAGCCCGCAGCCCCGCCCCCGCCGCCGCCGCCGCCGCUGCCGCCGCAGCUCGCCUACUACAAUCCCUUCUACUUCCUGAGCGCCGCGGGGCCCGGGCCCGGGCCCGGGCCGGGGGCGGCCACUGGCGGUGCCACCCCGACCGCCGUCGCGGGCCUGACACCCCGGGCCCCGCACGUCCAGGCAUCCGGCCGGGCGGCCCCCGCGACCAGGGUAGGCUCUGCGGCCCCUGCACGGACGGCGAGCGACGCCGGGCGGCAGGCGGGCAGAGAGUAUGUCAUUCCAUCCUUGGCACACAGAUUUAUGGCAGAGAUGGUGGAUUUCUUUAUUCUCUUCUUUAUAAAAGCAACCAUUGUCUUGAGCAUCAUGCAUCUCAGUGGAAUAAAGGACAUCUCUAAGUUUGCCAUGCACUACAUAAUAGAAGAAAUCGAUGAAGACACAUCCAUGGAAGAUUUGCAGAAAAUGAUGAUUGUGGCGCUUAUAUACAGGUUGUUAGUUUGUUUCUAUGAGAUAAUUUGCAUUUGGGGAGCAGGGGGAGCUACGCCAGGAAAGUUCCUGCUAGGUCUUCGAGUUGUGACAUGUGAUACAUCGGUACUCAUUGCUCCAAGUCGGGUUUUAGUGAUUCCUUCCUCAAAUGUUAGCAUCACAACGUCCACCAUACGAGCUUUGAUCAAGAAUUUUUCUAUUGCUUCUUUUUUCCCUGCUUUCAUCACACUGCUGUUUUUUCAGCACAAUCGAACAGCCUAUGACAUUGUAGCAGGAACCAUUGUGGUAAAAAGAAAUGGGGCCAGAUGAUGCCUCAGAGCCCUGAAUUCCACUUUUUGGAAUAAUGAUGACAAGACUAAAUUAUGUAUCAAGGCCAUCAGUAUAGUAUCUCUAGGUUACAUUAAUUGAUGUUUUAAAAAUUAGAGCAGUCACUACUGUGUGAUGCAGGAGACUGUUCUGAAAGUGUUGACUGCACUUAAAUGUUAAGAACCUUUUCAGAAGGAAAACUUAUUAAAUUCAAGUGUUAAAUAUUUGUAGGCCAACAAAGCAAAUGAUUUCAAUCAAUAUAGACAAAUAUAUACUUUAACAUUUAAGAUAAACAAAAUUUGCUGGAAACAUUUUCAGCUUCAAAUUUUCCAUUUUAUUUUCGCUUAUCCUAGAGUAAUUGUCCAGUUGUGUUUUAUAAACACCUAACUCCCACAACUCUUCUUAGGGAAGUUGCUUUGUGUGGGCAUUGAGAAAGAGCAUCAACUCAACAAACCACUGGCUGGCUCCAUGGCAAGUGUUGGAGAAAAGGGCUAGUGAGGAAGGCCUAUCAGUCCCCUCACCUCAUGCCUCCAGGAUGUUCUAGAAUUCACUGCAGUGGUGGUGGAAUUCUGCAGCUUCUUACUACUUAUGUAUUUGGAGGCAAGAAUUUUCAUGAUGAUGAAAAUGUAUUGAGUCAUAUCAUUGAUACUUAAAAAAAAGGUAAGUUAGUAAUUGCCUUCUGUGGGGGUAGGGUGGGGAUGGGAAUAUGAACUUUCAAUGUAAAUUCAGCUUAGAAUUCAUGUGCCCUAAAAACCAACUAUAAAUAUGUGGGGGAAACAUCCAUCAAACAUUCCCAGUGUGUGCUCUCCAGUGUUAUGAAAUGUACCUGUAGAUUCUAUUUCUGUAUAAGCAAACUCCUAAGGCAUUAUAUUCUAUACAGUUCCAUGACUGUCAAAGCAUCAAGGUAUCUUAAUACCUCCUUAGUAUUUUGUGAAUAACUCUAAAUACUAGUAGCCUGUGAAAUAUUAGCAGUUUUCCCAUAAUGAAUUGUUCUCUCUAAAGCAAGGCAGAGUAUCAUCUCCGGACAUUAUUCUAGCUUCUCUAAGCUCAUUUUGGGCCUGCUAGAGAUGAAAUUUGGGAGGAAAAUGUUAAAGCAAACUUGUGUACAGUCAUUGUACUUUGCUCUGAUGGUGUAACAUUAUCGGGUUUAUGUCUGUGUGCUUUUGUUGUGUCCCAAUUAGCAGGCUGUUUAUAGUUUAAACUUUAUUUCUUACUCACUGUGUGAUUUUUCCCAAGAAACACUAAAUUGUAUAAAUAGGUUUUAAAUUUAAAUAGCAAGAAUAAUCCAUGUGUUAUUACUGCAUCCAUUUUCAGUGGACUUUUGACGUUUAAAACUGUGAAAAUGCAUUUAAUGUCUACAGACACUUUAAGAAUCUAAUAUCUUAUUGUAAGAGUUCAUAAACCAUCAUUUCUAUUUUAUUUAAAUUAAAUCCAACUUCACAGAAGCCCUAUUACUUGUCAAGAGCAGUAUGUAGAGCAUUUGCUUGUGGCUCUGGCAAGAUUUUAUGGCUCUUCAAACUCUUACACUACAAAUCAAGAAGUUGGUAUGGACACUACUUUUGCCACUGAUAAGGGAAUUCAAGUUGAAAUGUGCUUCACCCAUGCAGCUCUGGAGUGCUUGAUUAUUGUUUCUACCCAAAGAUUAUUGUACUUUUCACUGAGGAUAUUUUUAUUUAUACAGUAAAAUAAACUAGUCCAAUUUGUUAUAUAGUUUAAAUAUUUCAAUUUGCUAUGGAUAAGUCAUUUAGAUCCAGCUGUGGAUUCAAGUUGUGCCAUACAGACUGUAAGAUAAAAGUAUUGCGUUGCCUCUACAAUAAAACCUCAAUCUGUUGUAAGUUCA